AUGGCGAUUCGAAUAAGCAUGGAAGAAGAAGGGGACGGGUCUAAAAACAAGAAUAAUACAUGCUCCAAGAGAAUAGUUUUGAUCUUUAUCAGUCUUGUGGUGUCCAUUGGAGGAGGUUAUCUGACUAUUGGAGGGAAACAGGAACCACCAUCACCAAAACCAGUCUUGAAGUUAAACGCCAACUACCCAGUAUCCAAGGAUGUACGAGUAGAAGCCAAACCAAAAGUGAUUGCAAAAGCGCCAACAAAGGCACCAUCAUCAGCGCCUCCAUCAGCAAAACCGCAUCAAGAAGAACCACCAAUGCCCCCGAAACCAUUCCUAGAGCUUAAUGCCGACAACCCAAUAUCCAAGGAUGUGUCCCGUCUUUGGCAAAAUGAAAUGAUGGGAGCAGUAUGCAUAUCAAUACCUCGUAAUGCCGACUGCUCUCAUCCAUUAUUGAUAGGACGGCUCUCAGGACCUUCUCUUUCCAUUUUGGAAUGGACGAAUGAAGCAACCUCUGAUGACUCGACUACCUUUUGUGGGAAAUACCGUGGUGUUAUCCAAGGAGCCAUGUACUUUGUGGAAAUUCUGACUGCAUACUGUGAAGACUUUUCGGUUGGGGCGUUGUCAGGUGAUUCAUCAUCAACAUCACCCAGACAUACCGACGAAUGGCUAUCUUUCAACUGGACGGAAGUCUGCAUGCAAAACACGCUUACGAAUCGACUGACGCAGGAAAACUGUGCUAUAUUAAUCAGUAGCCCUACACUGUCGGCGGAGUUAGAGAAUGCACUAAAUGGUACACAAUCUGAGGAGUCGCAAGCCCCUGGGUAUUGGACUCGGAAUGAAGAGCAAAACUUGAUUCCACUCUACACAAGGUUUCAGCCAUUGGAUUGCCAAGGAAACAACAAACGACUUCCCCGUUGCAUGAAACCUAUGAGCACGGCUCGCUUUGACGGUUACGACUUUGCUUGGACAUCAAGGACACUACAAGAGUGGAAAGCAAAGGACAUACCAAACAGUCUUCAAGGUAACAACACCGACUUGCUACGGCGAUGCAAUUGCCAACCCGACAAGAAGGACUGUUGGGAUGGCAUGUGCAGGGUGAAAUGCGUCAAUUGCAUGCAGGAGAACACAAUGCCUACCUCACCAAUGGAAAAUGGGAAGAAAGUGUGCGUAGUAGGGGCAUCGCACUCCUAUCAUCUCAUGUAUUCCAUUGAAAAUUUGCAAAUGAGUCACUUGUUUCAUUGGAUCAUGAUGCAAUAUCCAUUGGAGCUGGAGGAAGGUUUCUUUGAGGAGCAGUAUAAAAUGCUGGGGUGCAAUAUCUUUGUUUUAGGUUUUGGACAGUGGCCCGCCAGCCAUCAAACCAAGCCGCCCUACUCUUUCGAACGGUACCUUGCAGAAAUGACAAGGAUCGCACAGCUAGCUGAGGACAGUUUCGGACCCUUCCAAGUGUACUUGCGAUCGAUGCAUCACAUGCCGAUUGGAGAUCGAGCGAGUACAUGCCCACCAAUUGACUGGAGAUCUCCAGCAGUGGGGAAUGGCUACAAUUAUCUGCUGGAACAAGCAAUUUUAGCAGUAAACAAAUCGUCACCGUCGCCGAAGGUUCACUUCUUGGAUACCCUUUUCAUCACCCAUCCAAUGUGGGAUGUUGCCUACGACUUGUAUCACUUGCCAAGAAAGGUUUCUGAUUUGGAAGCUAUAUACAUCGCAUCAGUGGUACUAUGA